CGUCUACGAGAAAUAACCAAUCCUGCUGCUUCUCCGUCCGCUACACAAAAGGAAAACCCAUACCACCACCUACGCAUCACCGUGACCAGCGGAGGAUGCCAUGGAUUCCAAUACCUGAUGAGUCUAGAACCUAGCUCAAAGAUCAGCGAAGAGGAAGACACCGUUUUUGAAGUUGAAGAAGAUACCCCAGACGCUGUACCGGGUGCGGCAGCUGGCCAAGCAAAGGUCGUCAUGGACUCGGCCUCUCUCGAGCUACUAUCAGGCAGUACGGUCGAUUACACCACUGAACUUAUCGGCAGCCAGUUUAAGAUUGUGGAUAACCCGCGUGCCUCGAGUAAUUGCGGGUGUGGAACGAGUUUUGAUAUCAAAGAAUAA